UGUUGUGUUAGAAAGCACGUGGUCGAGGAUGAAUUGUUUUUGAUAGUGGAACAGUUUCAUUUGAUUCCGUUAAAAGGUGUUGAAUUCUCAUUUUGACUGGAUCUUUAAAUCUUACCGUCACUGAACUAUAGUUGUUCUUCUGAAACCCUAAAAUGGGUUUAACAAAACAAUACUUACGAUACGGUGCAGCUGGUAAUUUAAACGUAAUUACAAGUUCGAAAUGCAAUAUAGUAUUCGUAACAUUAGAAGGCCAGGAAGGUAGAUUUGUAGCUGUAGGCGCAGCCGAACACGUAUAUAUCUGGGACCUUCGUUUGGGUGAAAAAGCACAAGUUUUAUUAGGAGAAACAACAGAUGCUUCGUAUUUAGCCGCAUCUCCUAAUAAACGCUACUUAGCUGUGGGAUAUGCUGAUGGUACACUAAGAACGUUUGACUUACGAUCUGCUGAGAAUGUUAGUACCUUCAUUGGCCAUCGUUCCGCAAUUACCACGUUAGCCUAUGAUUUUUUGGGUCAUCGACUAGCCUCGGGAUCGAAGGAUACCGACAUCAUUAUUUGGGAUGUUGUCGCAGAGGCAGGAAUAUGCCGUUUGGCAGGGCAUAAGGGUGUAGUUACUGCUGUAACAUUCAUGAGCAAACACAAUAUUCUUAUCAGUGCAAGUAAAGAUACGUAUGUUAAAUUUUGGGACCUGGAUACACGACAUAAUUUUAGGACUUUAGUAGGUCAUAGGUCAGAAAUAUGGAAACUAGUGCUUGUCAAGGAUGAUAAAUACUUGGUGACUGGCUGCAAUAACAAUGAGUUAUAUGUUUGGAAAAUAUUUUUUGUCGAUAAUCAAGACAUACAGGAACACAUAAAAAAUUUAAAUAUUGACGAUGAAAAUCAAGUGAAUGAUGCUAACUAUCCAUUGCGUUGUGAAAAACUUGGUGUUAUUUUAAGAGCUGGACGGGGACGUGUUGUUUCAUUGAGAACUGAAGCUACAGGUCAAAUUAUAGUAUGCCAUGGUGUUGAUAAUACUAUAGAAACAUUUUAUUUUUUACCACCGGAUGCUGUAAAACAAAAAAUGUCAAAGCGAUUAAAAAAGGAAAAGAAAAAAGAGGCGAAAGAGGAAAAUUCUGUGGAAGUUCUUCCCUCGAAUACGCCAACUUUAAAAGAUGAAAUAAAAAGACUUCCUGUUAUUAAAGUGUCAAAUAAAGCAAAAGAUCUAGAUGUGAUUAUGGGAGGAGGCAAUGAGCUGAGGAUAUGCACUAGUUUAAAUAAUAAUAGUAUCGAAUUGUACUCAAUAUCUGCAUUAGAAAAAGAUAGCGAGCCAAAGAGUUUGCGAUCUAUAGUUAUCCAUGGUCAUCGAACUGAUGUGAGAGCUAUUUGCUUCAGCUCUGAUAAUUUAUCAUUUGCAACAGGAAGUGGAGAUUCUGUCAAAUUGUGGAACAGGUCUACACUGUCAUGUUUACGAACCGUCGAAUGUGGCUAUGUUUUGACACUAACUUUUGUUCCUGGUGACAGACAUCUGAUAGUAGGUUUAAAAAGUGGUUCAAUGUUGAUUAUCGACAUCAAUUCUGGAGACAUUUUAGAGGAAAUUUCUGCCCAUAACCACGAAUUAUGGAGUAUUGCCUUAUUUCCAAACAUGAGAGGAGUAGCAAGUGGUGGAGGUGAUAAAACUGUAAAAAUCUGGAAUUUCGAGUUGAUCAAAGAUAGUAUGGAAUUUACGAAAGCAAAAAUACUGUCAGUUUUGCAUACCAAAACAUUAAAAUUGGAAGAAGGUGUGCUAUGUGUUAAAAUUAGCCCAAACAGCCGAUUCAUUGCCAUAUCCUUACUUGAUUCUACAGUGAAAAUAUUUUUCUUUGAUACGCUAAAGUUUUUCGUAUGCCUUUAUGGACAUAAGUUACCAGUUCUCUGCAUGGACAUAUCGAGUGACUCCUCUCUUAUUGCAACUGGAUCAGCAGAUCGUAAUAUCAAAAUUUGGGGCAUGGAUUUCGGCGAUUGCCACAGAUCACUCUUUGCGCAUGACGAUUCAGUCACUGGCAUUGCAUUUGUACCAAAAACUCAUUACUUGUUUACGUGCGGCAAGGAUGGUAAAGUGAAGGAGUGGGAUGCUGACAUAUUUAGAAAAAUCAUCACUUUACGAGGACAUUCUGGAGAAGCCUGGAAUUGUGCAAUUUCACCAAAUGGUAUGUGCAUUGCUUCCUGUGGGUCAGAUGGAGUAGUCAGAAUAUAUGAACGCACGAUGGAACCAUUGGUAUUAGAAGAUGAGGCCGAAGAGGAAAGAGAAAAACAAGAAAAUGAAUUAGCAACUGGAGAUAUCACUGUAGUUCAGGGUCAGAAACAACAACUGCUGCCAUCAAGAAAAACAGUCAACAGCGAGAAAGGGGCGGAGUUAAUUUUAGAAUGUUUAGAGAUUUCAAAAGACUAUGACGAGCAAGUAGCCAUAGACCCUAAUUCUGCACCACCACCUCCAGCACUAAUGCAAGCCUUAAAAUGCGUAACCACUGAACAAUUCUUCUUGGAAACGGUGAAACGUGUACGAUUGAGUGAAUUAGAAGAAACAUUAUUACUGUUGCCGUUUUCUGCUGCCUGUGAAAUUUUGCGAAUGCUCCCGAAUCUAUUAAAGAGUGAUUAUCAGGUGGAAUUAUUAGCUAGAUUAGCAUUGAGCUUAAUACAAGCACAUCAUGGACCAAUUAUUUCAAGUUCAAACCUUCUACCAAUUCUGGAAUCAGUACAACAGCUUAUCUUCGAAAGAGUAUCGGCAUUAAAGGAUAUGAUAGGGUAUAAUCUAUAUGGUAUGGCGUACAUGCAGCGUCUCAUAGAGGAUCGUGAAAACAUUCAAUUGUUCAAAGAUGCAACCAAGAAAAGAAAGCAAAAGUAUAAAAGUAUAAAAAAUAAACAGAAAGCUUUGAAAAGAGCUAUUAUUAUGUUAUAGCAAUUUGUUUAUAUGUAUAUAUCUAAUCAAGGAUAAUUUAAGCUGUUUUAUGUAAUGCUGAUAAAUUAUAAGAUGACGAAAUAAUAAAGUGUAAUAAAAUUUA